AUGGGAGAUGUGAUCAAGUGCACAAGAUUUCUUUGCCGAGCUGAUGAUUUAGUUUCAUUACCUGACGAGCCAGUAGAGAUCCCACAAAUUCCUCUUGUUUCACUUGUAUAUCGUAGUGGUGCUCUUUUGGAUGUAUUUGGAGAGAAAACAAAUGAACAACAUAUGGUAAAUGCUCUUCAACAAACUAUUCGUCAAUGGAAAGAUCAAGGAAUACCAGUUGACUUUUGUGAUUUCACAGCAUAUCCGAAGUUAGAUGCAUCCCCGACUAAAUAUAUCGUCUUCUUGGAAUUGUCUGAGGAAGACGAAUGCAAAAUUGGUGAAGAAAAAAUUCAAAUUCUCAAGAAUAGCUCUAGUAAAUUAGUCGAAGAACAACUUGUCAUAGCGAACAAUGUUUAUGAAAAAGUUCGAUAUUUUGGAGUUCUUGGUCCACUUGAUUGUAUUCUUGUUCGAACUAGGACAUUUUCGACAUUUUUGCAGAAAUUCUUGUGGAAUGAUCGUGUCAAUCCUUUGCAAGUCAAACCUCAUCGAAUUUUGAAGAAUGAAGAUCAUAUUCAAUUCUUUUUUGACCAUCAAGUUGAUAUAUCAUUGUCCUAA